UCAUAAACAUAAAUUUAAACCUUUUUGUAAACCAAGUGUUAAUGAUACACUAUAAUUUGAUACUUUAACACAAGAAAAUUUUUUUUAUGUAACGGUCGACAAUGGUUUUAUUGGGAGAAACGUUUCCAAAUUUUAUUGCAGAAACCAAUAUUGGUGAGAUAGACUUUCAUAAGUGGUUAGGAGAUUCUUGGGGAAUCUUAUUUUCUCAUCCAAACGAUUUCACUCCUGUUUGUACAACUGAACUGGCCAGAGUUGCAAAACUAUUCCCAGACUUCCAAAGAUCUGGGGUUAAAGUUAUUGGAAUUUCUUGUGAUUCUGUUGAGUCUCAUAGAAAAUGGAUUGAGGAUAUAAAAGCGUAUGGAGAAUUAUCAGAGUGUGAGUUUCCAUAUCCAAUUAUUGCGGAUAAAUCUCGAAAGAUAGCAGUCAGCCUGGGUAUGCUUGAUCCUGCAGAGCUUGACAGCAACGGACUACCAGUUGCUGCAAGGGCAGUUUUUAUUAUCGAUCCUAAGAAAAUCAUGAGAUUGUCAAUUUUGUACCCAGCUACCACUGGACGAAAUUUCGAUGAAAUACUGCGUGUCAUUGAGUCUCUUCAGCUGACAGAAAAACAUAAAGUAGCUACUCCAGCUGAUUGGAAGAAAGGUCAGCCUGUUAUGGUGUUGCCAACUCUUUCCAAUGAAGAAGCAAAAGCAACUUUUGGUGAUACCAUAAAAACAGUUUCUGUACCUUCAGGUAAAUCUUAUAUCCGCAUAGUUCCACAACCAACAAAUGCUGAAAAUAAUUAAAAACAAAAUUUUAACAAGUUAAAUUGAAAUGAGUACAAACAGUUACAUUUA